CGCUUUUUGCGCGGCCGAGGCUUAAAAAACGGUCGCAUAGAUGGCCAGAGCCGGCCGCCGGGCGCGCCAGCGCGCGCGCGCAUUGGCUUCUCGAAGGCUGGCCCAGCAGCGUGCUGAGCAGCGCGGCGCGAAGCGUGAACGCCUGGAGCGUGCCCGGCGGCGUCGACAGGAACUGAUCCGUCGCCACGGUCCGCUAGGGCCUGUUCUCCAGAGGCUGGAUGAUGACUCCGACUCGUCCUCGAGCUCUGGCGACUCGUCCUCCGACGAAUCCUCCGACGACGACAGCCGCGUCGACGAGCAAGCAUUAUCACCGACUGCGAUCUUCAACGCGUAUGCGUCUACCGGGCGCUAUAGAAGACUUGUCGAUUAUCUGCGGCGCAAUCCCAGCAAGAUGAGACUUCUCGAGGGCAGUCUACUUAAUGCAAGCCAAGGUCCUGGCUGGGUGGGGCUUGCGACCCAAUUCAACGAAUUCGGACAAACGAUGUUGCACCACGCGGCUCAACUGGAAGAUCCAGCGAUUGCUUCGAUGCUGCUGCGGUACGGUGCUGACCCGAAUGCAAGCGAAGAAGGAGAUUCAACGCCGUUGCAUUACGCGGCUGAGACCAGCUCCUAUCGAACCUUGGCAUGCUUGCUGGAUAACGGUGCGGAAGUUGAUGCGCAAGAUGACAUGGGAGCCACUCCGCUUAUGUUGGCUGCUGAAGAGAACAGCCGGGAAUGUUGCGUCGCGCUCAUCGCGGCAGGCGCCAAUGUCCACUACGAGGACGAGGACGCGGCCUCGGCUUUGUUCUACGCCGCGACCGAGCACAAACAUCCCCGGUGCAUCGUCCCACUCCUGGAUGCGGGCGCGGAAGCCUCGGUCGACAUACUGCAGGGGACGGUGCACGAUGGCAGCCCGCGUGGGCUCCAUCCGCUCCUACGCGUACCCCCUGCGACUGACGCAAACUUCAAUAUGCGGCGGUUCAUCGACUCCAGGCGGUUGAUUUUGGGUAACCGACGUCACAGCUGGGUAACCUACGACCCCAAGGCGAUGCGAGUGAACUUGCCCUACCUCGAACGAGUCUUUGCAGCGGGCGGUAUAUUUCUCUACGAACGCGACGAGCGGCGCAGGCUUGUGAGUCUUCUCCGGCGUCACGUCGCCCCGCGCGCGCCCGACGACGUCCUCCACGUCAUCAUGUCGUUCUGGGGUCAUCCGGGAAGCUACUAA